AGCUUUUCGAAUUUGCAUUCAAAACAACAUUAAAUUUAUUUCUAUUUAAAGUACGGCCUAUUUUCUUAAAUGUUUAACAUACAUGUAUAUUUGUGAAUUUCGUUAAAAGUUUCAAUACUAGAUUAAUACAGACGUUGACUAACAUUUAUUUAUACACAAUAAAAUAAAAAGUACUUAAUUUAUUAGUAAGAAAUGGAAUCAACUAAACCUAGCACAGUAAUAUCUAAAAUAAAUGCUAAUGGACUAUUUCUAUAUCUGAAGGUACAAUGGAUGGAAAAUAAUGAAUUUGAUUUAUUUAAUAUAAAAAUUUUUCAUGCAAACAGCAGUUGGUCAGGUAGAUUUUCUAGAGAAUUUGCAGAGCAACAGAGAAAUCGUAUAGAUUUAGAUGAAGAAGAAUAUAUAACAAAUAUCAGAGAAGCUCUGGAAGGAUGUGAUAGGUUCUUAUAUGAUUUUAUUGUUCAAGAAAAGGAGAAAACUGCAACUUUUUAUUGGAAAAAAAAGUUUGAAGAUGCUCACAGGAAAGAUGGUUCUGUACCAAUGUAUCGUGAUGAACAAACUGAAAGCAUAGACUCAUUGUUAGACCAUCUCUUAAAAAGUAAUAGAGAUCUAAAGUUAACAAUUAUGGAAUGCAACAAGUAUAAUGAAAAUAUCACUAAAGACUUGAACAGAUACAAGCAAGAAUUGAAAGAUUUUGUAAAUAUGAAAACAUCCAUAGAAGAAACAUUGUAUGGAAAGUUUGUACAAGUGCUGAAUGAGAAGAAGAAAAGAAUUCAAUUAUUAGAAGAGACUUUACAAAAAUUUAAACAAUAGUAACUGUUGAGUUAACUGUAAAUUUUAUAAAAUUAAAAAAAAAAUUAAAUGUUUCAAAAAUUUUAUAUUAAUAUAUUAUAAUGAAUUUUAUUAUA